GGGGAACAGAUUUAAAUGAAAAAAGUUCUGAGCAAAGCUUCUUUGCAAACUUUCUUUCCCCCCAAAAAAAAAGGCUGCCGAUGGGGCAGGUGGGCGGAAUGACCGGGACGAGAAGGCUGAGGUGGAAAAGGCGACUGGGUUUCCUGGUGUUGCUGACAGCCCUCGCGAUCUCCUUGGCCACUUUCAGCCUGGCUGUGGCAGCUCUGUCCUGGGUCGAGUGUCGCAGUCUCUCGCGGUCGCUCCAGGCUUGGCAGAACAACGUUGAGCAGCAAGGGGAUAAGUCAACACUGCUCGAAAGCAUCCAUCCAGACCUGCCACAGGACUCGGGGAGUCCUGGGGUAAGGCUGAGUUUCCUGCAGGAGCUGCUGGAGAGCAAGAGGUUGACAAGGAUAAGGAGGGAACGGCGAAAAGUUCCUGGAGUUAAGAACAAACUGCCUAUUGCAGCUCAUUUCGAAGUGGUGCCCAAUAAUGCUGAUGGGACGUAUAUAGUUGAACAGGGUGGGAUCAUCAGGCAGUGGUCAGAAUGCCAGUUACAAGUGAAAAAUGCGUUGUUGUACAACAAUAAAACCGGAGAGUUCACCGUUCUCAAAGAGGGUCUCUACUACAUGUACAGUCAGGUUCACUGCGAUGACAACACCACGGCCUACUUAAAAUUGGAUGUGAAGGUGGACAAUGUAGUGACCUUUAAGUGUUUGCAGGGUUUACCACCGACCCCACCUUACAGCCAGCAUUCAUGUCAAGCGUCUGGUUUAAUCCGGCUCCAGAAGAGAUCUCAGAUCAGAAUAUACAGCAUCGCCGGGGUGCACCUGAAAGCCAAAACAUUCGCCUACUUUGGACUCUUUAAGCUUUAAAAGGGCCACGCCCAUGUCCGUGUGUCUGUGUGUGUGUGUGCGUCCGUGUCCGUCUGUUGUGUGUGUGUCUGUCUGUCUGUGUCUGUCUGUCUGUGUGUGGAGACUGCUGCAUAUCUCCCAGACUUUUCAAACAGAGGAACCACAGCUUCAAAGAUAGAGAGAGGCUCUGAUGAAGAGUCACACAGACUCAAAGUUUCUCUCUCCACAAGAUGCUGCCAGACCUGCUGAGUUUUUUCUGACAUAUUCUGUUUUUAUUAUGGAGAGAGUUUUCUUGUGCCUUUUGUUGGCUGGUUUGGUGAGCCACUUACCCGCUAAUGGGACAUUACCUUCCAAUUGAACAGGCAACUGGCGCUACCUCCUCUUCCCCCUCCCUCUGCCCGGCUCCUGAUCGCCACCUAGCGUCUUCUGCCGGAGGCAUGGGGGGUGGGGUGGGAAUGGCAGAGGGGGAAAGGAUUCAGCUGCGAUGCCCUGCGGGGUCGAACAGCCAGCCGUCCCGGGGUCGUGGGAGAAGAAGAGCCGGCAGGCCGGCACCUGUGUCUGUGGCAGGAGGAGGUGCAAGGGGCAAUGGUGCCUGGGGUCUUAAACAAAAACAGAAAAUGGCUGGAAAAACUCAGCAGGUCUGACAGCCUGAGAGAAAAACAGAGUCAACGUUUCGAGUCCAUGUGACUCUU